GGUACUCACGCUCCUCCUCCCGUUUCCCCACCCCCAGCCCGGCGCGGCCCGGUAUCAACGUGUGGUCCGGCCAGGGGAACCGUGCGUACCUCGUGCUCCCGGGACGCCGGUGGUGUUCCCGGCUCUAGCCAUGGAGAUGGAGCAAGUGAACGCGCUGUGCGAGGAGCUAGUGAAAGCGGUGACGGUCAUGAUGGACCCCAGCUCUACCCAGCGCUACCGGCUGGAAGCCCUCAAGUUUUGUGAAGAGUUUAAAGAAAAGUGCCCUAUCUGUGUCCCAUGUGGCUUGAAGUUGGCUGAAAAAACACAAAUUGCCAUCGUCAGACAUUUUGGCCUUCAGAUCCUGGAGCAUGUUGUCAAGUUUCGAUGGAACAGCAUGUCUCGAUUGGAGAAGGUCUAUCUGAAGAACAGCGUCAUGGAGCUGAUUGCAAAUGGAACACUGAAUAUCUUGGAGGAGGAGAACCACAUUAAAGAUGUUCUGUCUAGGAUUGUGGUAGAGAUGAUCAAACGAGAGUGGCCGCAGCACUGGCCUGACAUGCUCAUGGAGUUGGAUACUCUCUUCAGGCAAGGGGAAACGCAGAGGGAAUUAGUGAUGUUCAUCCUUUUGCGACUGGCCGAGGAUGUGGUAACCUUUCAGACACUCCCCACUCAAAGAAGAAGGGAUAUUCAGCAAACAUUAACCCAGAACAUGGAGAGAAUCUUGAAUUUUCUACUCAAUACGCUUCAGGAAAAUGUAAACAAGUACCAGCAAAUGAAGACGGACGCUUCUCAGGAGGCAGAGGCUCAAGCCAACUGUCGAGUGAGCAUCGCGGCACUGAAUACUCUAGCAGGAUACAUUGACUGGGUGUCUUUAAAUCACAUUACUGCUGAGAACUGUAAACUUGUGGAAACUCUGUGCCUGCUUCUCAAUGAGCAGGAGCUGCAGUUGGGAGCCGCUGAGUGUCUGCUCAUUGCAGUCAGCAGAAAAGGCAAGUUGGAGGAUCGGAAGCGCUUGAUGAUCUUGUUUGGAGACAUUGCCAUGCAUUACAUUCUCUCGGCUGCACAGACUGCAGAUGGAGGAGGCUUGGUAGAAAAACACUACCUCUUCCUGAAGAGGCUGUGUCAGGUGUUAUGUGCACUGGGAAAUCUGCUGUGUGCACUGCUGGCCUUAGAUGCUAGCAUACAAACACCAGUAAACUUUGGAAUGUACCUGGAAUCUUUUCUUGCUUUCACAACCCACCCAAGUCAGUUUCUCCGCUCUUCAACCCAUAUGACAUGGGGAGCCCUCUUCAGGCAUGAAGUUCUGUCCCGUGAUCCGUCGCUGUUAGCAGUAAUACCAAAAUAUCUUCGUGCUUCUAUGACAAACUUGGUCAAGAUGGGCUUUCCUUCUAAGACAGACAGCCCCAGCUGUGAAUACUCCCGCUUUGAUUUCGACAGUGAUGAGGACUUCAAUGCUUUCUUCAACUCCUCCCGAGCCCAGCAUGGCGAGGUGGUGAGGUGUGUGUGCCGACUGGAUCCUAAGACGAGCUUCCAGAUGGCGGCAGACUGGCUCAAGUAUCAGCUCGCAGCUGCUAUUGACACUGGACCUGUGAACGCGUGUUCUGCAGCUGGAACUGGAGAAGGAGGCUUCUGCUCCAUCUUCUCACCUUCAUAUGUGCAGUGGGAAGCCAUGACUUUUUUUUUGGAAAGUGUGAUCAACCAGAUGUUCCGAACACUAGAAAAAGACGAACUCCCGGUUAAUGAUGGGAUAGAGCUGCUGCAGCUGGUUUUGAACUUUGAGAUCAAGGAUCCCCUUGUCCUGUCCUGCGUCCUCACCAACGUCUCCGCACUCUUUCCGUUUGUCACGUACAAGCCUGCGUUCUUGCCCCAGGUCUUCUCCAAGCUCUUUUCAUUUGUUACUUUUGAAUCUGUUGGGGAAAGUAAGGCCCCCAGGACUCGGGCAGUCAGGAAUGUAAGGAGACAUGCUUGUUCCUCCAUCAACAAGAUGUGUCGAGACUACCCAGACCUUGUUCUGCCCAAUUUUGAUAUGCUGUAUAGCCAUGUGAAACAACUCCUCUCCAAUGAGCUACUCCUGACCCAGAUGGAGAAGUGUGCCCUCAUGGAAGCUUUGGUUUUAGUUAGCAACCAAUUUAAGGAUUAUGAGCGGCAGAAGUUAUUCCUAGAGGAGCUGAUGGCACCGGUGGUCAACAUCUGGCUUUCUGAAGAAAUGUGCAGAGCGCUGUCGGAUAUUGACGCCUUCAUUGCCUAUGUGGGUGCUGAUCUGAAAAGCUGUGACCCAGCUGUGGAGGAUCCAUGUGGCUUGAACCGGGCUCGAAUGAGCUUUUGUGUAUACAGCAUUCUGGGGGUUAUGAGACGAACUACCUGGCCUUCCGACCUAGAAGAAGCCAAAGCUGGGGGGUUUGUGGUGGGUUACACACCCAAUGGAAGUCCAAUCUUCCGUAACCCCUGCACAGAGCAGAUCCUGCGACUUCUCGACAAUUUGCUUGCCCUUGUAAGAACUCACAAUACUUUAUAUACACCGGAAAUGCUAACCAAAAUGGCAGAGCCUUUCACCAAGGCUCUGGAUAUAGUUGAAUCUGAAAAAACGGCAAUACUAGGAUUACCUCAGCCUCUCUUGGAAUUCAACGACCACCCUGUCUAUAGAACUAUUUUGGAAAGGAUGCAGCGGUUUUUCGGCAUCCUCUAUGAAAACUGUUACCACAUCCUAGGGAAGGCAGGCCCUUCCAUGCAGCAAGAUUUCUACACUGUGGAGGACCUUGCUACCCAGCUCCUUGGUUCAGCUUUCGUCAACUUGAACAAUAUUCCUGACUUUCGGCUCAGAUCUAUGCUUCGUGUUUUUGUGAAGCCCCUCGUGCUCUUCUGUCCCCCAGAACACUAUGAAACCCUGAUAUCUCCCAUCCUUGGACCUCUUUUCACCUACCUCCACAUGAGGCUUUCUCAGAAGUGGCACGUCAUCAACCAGAGGAGCGUCCUGUGUGGAGAAGAUGAGAUUGCAGAGGACAACCCCGAGUCUCAGGAAAUGCUGGAGGAACAACUGGUGAGGAUGCUAACACGAGAAGUCAUGGACCUAAUCAUGGCUUGCUGUGUGUCAAAGAAGACUGCCGACCACACUGCCGCUCCCACGGCGGAUGGAGAUGACGAAGAGAUGAUGGCCACUGAAGUAGCCCCUUCGUCUGUGGUGGAGCUCACAGACCUGGGCAAAUGCCUCAUGAAGCAUGAGGAUGUUUGUACAGCACUAUUAAUCACAGCAUUUAAUUCUCUGACCUGGAAGGACACUCUGUCUUGCCAGCGGGCGACCACACAGCUCUGUUGGCCCCUCCUCAAACAGGUGAUGUCUGGGACCCUGCUCGCAGACGCUGUCACGUGGCUUUUCACCAGUGUGCUGAAAGGGCUACAGAUGCAUGGGCAGCACGAUGGGUGCAUGGCUUCCCUGGUCCACUUGGCCUUCCAGAUAUACGAGGCACUGCGCCCCAGGUACCUAGAGAUAAGAGCAGUGAUGGAACAGAUCCCUGAAAUAAACAAGGAGUCUCUGGACCAGUUUGACUGCAAGCUUUUAAACCCCUCCCUUCAAAAAGCAGCUGAUAAACGACGGAAGGACCACUUCAAACGCCUCAUCGCUGGCUGCAUUGGGAAACCCUUGGGAGAACAAUUUCGAAAAGAAGUUCACAUUAAGAACCUUCCCUGGCUUUUCAAAAAACCCAAACCAAUGCUGGAGACAGAAGUGCUGGACAGUGAGGAGGGUGGACUGGCCACCAUCUUUGAACCCUGAAUCAAGCUUUUGGGAAUCCUCCGGCCUCGGUUGUCAUCUCUUCUUCCCCCUGUGUAGCUAUUCUCUAGGCCCUCCUUGCACUGCCGCCUCACUUCCCACCAAGUCAGCCUGGAGAAGCUCAGAUCCAGGUCCAGCUGGAGCAGAGUGGGUCCUGCACGAGGGCCUAAGUCAUCCUACUAAAGUAUAGGGUGUUGGAACCUACACCAUUCCAGAGAGGUGGCCCAGGAGUUGGCAGUCAACCUGCAAUUUGGGCUUUUCCAAGAAAAGCUAGAGCACAAUGGCCUUUCCCCAAAGCAGCUGCAGCAGCGCAGACAGGAAGGACUGGAGUGCUGUGCCCAGCCCCACUGACAGUGUGUGCAAAGGCUCAGCCAGUUUCUUUUGGACUAUAGGGGUCCCACUUGAGCCCCUUGCUGCUGGGCUAACAGGGAUCCUUCUCCACUCCCAGGGGCAUGUCUGGCCUAGGUGCUACAUGCUGACCCGUCUAUGGCCAGUUUUCCCAUCUUAAUCUAAAGUAAGAAUCUGGCCACUUGGUGGGACCCAUGGUACAGGCUAUUGCUAAAGUCGGAGCGGGGGACAAGAGCUGGGCAGUAUUCAGUCUAACGCUCUGUUCCUUAAAUGGACAUCUUGCCUUUCUGAUUGACCCUCGAGGGUUUCCCCAGUGUCCAUUGACACCAAACAUAUAAAAGUAAUCUAGACCAAGUGGGCUUCUGACCAGAGUAGACAGUGUCCCUCCUGGGACACCAAGUCCAGGUGCCUUGGGAAAAUCUCUGUGGUCUGUGAGCAAAGGGUGUCCCAGUCAUAGCCAACACUUGAAUUCUUAAGGUCCCUGGGAAGGGCACCGAGCAAGCAAAGCAAGAUGGGGGAGACCUAGCCUUGCCUGUUGUGACAGGCAGAUGUGACCUGUGUGUCUGUAUGCUGACAGGCCCACUGUACACCCAGCCCCAACUUUGACCUUGUGUGGGACACAGUCAUGCAUGGUAAAGUUGCAGUCAGAGCUGGGAAAUAGCAACUAGAGUCGAGGUCACUGUCUGCAGCUGCAUAAGGCCACCGUCCUGCUGCAUGGUGCUUGGGGUCUCCAGGUUGUUAAGGUGAUCUCAGUAUUUCCCUCCAAACUCAAUUGCUGCCUGCUCCUGUCUGCUGAGGGCUAUGGAGGAUGUAGUUGUAUUUAUUAUGUUGUAAUAUUUUUAACAUCCUAUGACUUCAUGCUAGAAAUUUUCUAUUGUUUAUAGAACCUUUUGUAGAAAUGCUAACUCUAAAGUACAUCUGCAUGUCAGUAAAAAUCUCUUUCAUACAGGAA